AUGCCUCCCAAAAAGGUUGACGGAGCUGCUGCCCCCAAGGCGAAGGCCUCUCACGCCACCUACCAGGACAUGAUUACCGACGCCAUUGUCAACCUCAAGGAUCGCAAUGGCUCUAGUCGGCAAUCCCUGAAGAAAUAUGUCAAGAACAACAACGAGCUGCCCGCUCUCUCGGACAACAUGUUUGAUUCUCUCUUCAACAAGGCCCUCAAGGCCGGUGUUGACAAGGGCAUCUUUGCCCAGCCCAAGGGUCCUUCGGGCGGCACCAAGUUGGCAAAGAAAAAGGUCGAGCCUAAGAAGCCCGUCGCCAAGAAGGAGGGUGCCAAAAAGACGGCCGCCAAAAAGGCCGCUCCCAAAAAGGCCGCCUCGCCCGAGGAAAAGACGGCUGCUGCACCCAAGAAAGCCGCUCCUAAGAAGGCUGCUUCUGCCACCACCAAGAAGUCUGCUGCCAAGACCGACUCUGGCCUGACCAAGACCAAGACUGGCCGUGUUUCCAAAACGGCAAAGCCUAGUGCUAAGAAGGCUUCUACACCAAAAAAGCCAGCUACUCCCAGGAAGGCUUCCACUCCCAAGGCAUAA